AGAGUUGUCAACAACAGGGGUCUCAAGACAAGACAGCCCCAGACUGAAUAAAGAACUGCACGGGAGGAUAUACUGAAAACCUCUAAACUGAAAAGCUACGGCUACGGCUCUGACAAUAUACGACGUUUUUGUUUUGAGUUCGGAUAUUUUGAUCUUCCAAGAUGAAGUUUGUAAGGUAUAUAAUGAGGAAUGCUGCUAUGCUAAAUGCACCAAAGCAUAUUGACUACUACGCGAAAUUUUCUCCAUCGCCUUUGUCAAUGAAGCAGUUUCUGGAUUUCGGAUCCACAAAUGCGUGCGAGAAAACAUCUUUCGCUUUCAUCAAACAAGAGCUCCCGGUCAGACUGAGCAACAGUCUGAAAGAGAUCAAUCUUUUACCAGACCAACUGAUAAUGACUCAAUCCGUUCAGCUAGUUCACAGCUGGUUUGUCCAAAGCCUGAUGGACAUCCUAGAAUUCCAAGACAAGAGUCCCAAUGACCCUAAAGUUCUUGCUGAAUUUGUGGACACUCUGGUGACCAUCAGGAACAGGCACAAUGAUGUGGUACCCACCAUGGCCCAGGGUGUCAUCGAGUAUAGAGAUGCGUUUGAGGCAGAUCCUGUAACAUGUCAGAAUAUUCAGUACUUUCUGGACCGCUUUUACAUGAACCGCAUCUCCAUUCGCAUGCUCAUCAACCAGCACACUCUGAUCUUUGAUGGCUCCACAAAUCCAGGACAUCCCAGCAGCAUCGGGUGCAUUGACUCCUGCUGUGACGUCACAAAUGUAAUCAGAGAUGCAUAUGAGUGUGCUAAAAUGCUCUGUGAGCAGUAUUACCUCGGAUCCCCUGAGCUGGAGCUUAGAGAGAUAAACGCAAAGAACAAGUCACAGCCAAUCGAGAUAUCCUAUGUUCCUUCUCACCUCUACCACAUGGUUUUUGAGCUCUUCAAGAACGCAAUGCGGGCGACUCUUGAGAAUCAUGAAACAAGCAGCACGUUGCCACCAAUUAAAGUCAUGAUUGCUCUAGGUGGAGAGGACCUGUCAAUCAAGAUCUGUGACAGGGGCGGUGGCGUUCCUUUCAGGAAGAUUGAUAGACUUUUUAGCUACAUGUAUUCAACAGCACCCAGACCUACUAUUGGUGACCAUCAGCGGACCCCAAUGGCUGGCUUUGGUUACGGCCUUCCCAUCUCCCGCCUGUACGCACGCUACUUCCAAGGUGAUCUCCAGCUUUAUCCAAUGGAGGGCUAUGGUACAGAUGCUGUAAUUCAGCUGAAGGCCCUGUCUACAGAUUCAGUAGAGAAGCUUCCAGUGUUCAAUCAAACCGCCUUGCGCCAUUACAAAUUCAACCAGGAAGCUGAUGACUGGUGCGUCCCGAGCAAAGAGCCGCUGAACUUAGCGGCGUACAAGGCUGCAAAGUGAAACACCAGAGCUGGUUGCCUUAAGGUUAUGACAAAGGCCUUUAAGAGAUUGCCAAGAUAGGCUGCCAUUGUGAAUGCUCGCAUUCGGGGACCAGUGACAGCAUCUCCCAAUGCUCUUUGAGUACUGUUGUCUGGGAACACUUAACUGCAUGUGGCCAGAAUUUAAGAUGCCAAACAGUAGAUUUCCUUAGUACAAAACAAGUUAUUACUGUGGUACUGCUGAAGUUCAGCAAAAGCUCAGGGAUGAAGAGUCCCGCGCGAGUGUUAAGGCCUGGAGGUGCGAGAGGUGAUUAGAUGCACGUGAACCUGAUUGAAGCAGAGUGUUAAGUCUAAAAACAGGUGGAGAGAAGUGUAUGUAUUGCAAAGAAAUAAAUACUGAAGGCAGAAGAAAUGUAGCUGGGAUGAGAAAUGAGACGCAAGGCAUAUUAGAGGUCAGAAAAAAUGUAUGAAACUUGAGAAGUGUCAAAAUAAGGAAGAUGUGGCCAAAGAUGUAUUUUUCCUCUCUAAAAGAGGCUGGACAGUUUGAAAUCAUACUUGAUGUGUGAUCAAUACUUACUAUUUAAGAAAAUAAAUAGUAAAUAGAACAAAAUAAUUUAUGUAAGCAUUUAUUAAUGGCACUGUACGGUUGUGUUUCAUUGCAUAAUGAAUGUGUGUACUCAAUGUUGUGUUCACAGUAUUUAUCACUGUUAAAAGGACCUUUGUUGUUUGAGUUUUUCAUAUGACUGAAAUAAAUCUGAUAUUUUCUCAUCAA